CAACACAACACUGUCAACAAAAAAAAACAUAACACCGUCAACAACAAAAAAAAAAACACAACACCAACAAACAUAAAAGUAACACUUUUCGUUCUUUUCCCCCCUUUCUUUGUUCACACACACUGUCUCUGGUUUCUUCACUCCCUUUGCUCAUUCCCCAUAUAAACAAAAACCACACACACCCUCUUUUCAUUUUCCCCCUUUUUAUUUACUUUUUUUCUCUCUGCUUCUGUGAUCUUUUCUUCUUUCUUUUUUCUUUUCAUUGAAAAAACAAUUUUUGUUAUUAGGGUUUGAAAUGUGGUGGAAGAAUGGAACAUUCUGAAUCCGAUUCCGUUGCAGUUUCAUACUCCAAAGACCCCCAAUCGGGUUCUGAGGUACAACAACCUUCUUCCCCCGUUGAUCAUCCUCCACCGUCAGAUCUCAAUCAUGCGGCUGAGGAUGAAGACGCACUCACUGAGGAGCUUCAGAACAAGUUGGAUUUGAAGAGUAAAGGUGAAGAUGAAGGGGUUGAUGAAACUGAAGAUAAAGUUUCUAACUUUGAUGAUGGUGAACAAGUUUGCGAUGAAGAAUCUGUUAAGGGUGAAGAAGUGGUUGAUGGAGAUAGCAAGGGGUGGGAUACCAAUAGUUGGAAUGAUAAUGUCAAUGAAGAGGUUGAUGGUGGUAGAGAUGGUUAUGGGUAUGGUAGUGGUUAUGGUGGUGGUUAUGGUGAUGGUUAUGGUUAUGGUGAUGGUUAUGGCUAUGGUGAUGGAGUUGAAAAGAAGGAAGAGAAAAGAAAUGAUGGAACUCACCAAUUUCCUUUGAGACCUGAAGCUGAAGAUUGUUCAUUUUAUAUGAAGACUGGGUCUUGCAAGUUUGGAUUCAACUGCAAAUUUAAUCACCCUAUUAGGAGGAAAAACCAGGCUGUUAAGGAGAAGGUGCGAGAAAGAGAAGAACCAGCAGAAAAGUCAGGCCAGACAGAAUGCAAGUAUUAUCAAAGGUCUGGGGGUUGUAAGUUUGGAAAAGCUUGCAAGUUCAACCACACAAGAGGGUUCGCAGCACCGAUUUCUGAACUUAACUUUCUUGGCUUACCUAUACGUCUGGGAGAGAAAGAGUGCCCCUAUUACAUGCGCACUGGCUCUUGUAAGUUUGGAUCGAACUGUAGGUUCAAUCAUCCUGAUCCUACAACUGUAGUAGGAGGUGAUACAAAAUCAGGAUAUGGUAAUGGAGGAUCCAUUUCAUUACAAGGUGUAUCACAACAAUCUGUUGCCCCAUGGUCUUCUUCAAGAAAGUUAAAUGAAACACCUUUUGUGCCAAUGAUGAUUACGCCUACUCAAGGACUUGCUCCACAAAGUUCUGAUUGGAAUGGAUAUAAGGCACCUGUCUACUUAUCUGAGAGGAUUGUGCAUCCAUCUUCUACAUAUGUCAUGAACAAGCCAACAAUUGAAACAAAUGUCUACAUGCACCAUCACAAGCAGAUAUCAGUUGAAGAGUUUCCAGAAAGGCCUGGUGAACCUGAAUGCAGCUUCUUCUUAAAGACUGGGGAUUGCAAGUUCAAAUCUAAUUGUAAAUUUCACCAUCCAAAGAAUCGGGUUGCAAGAUUGCCUCCAUGCAAUCUUAGUGACAAGGGUCUGCCUUUGAGACCUGACCAGAGUAUCUGCUCGCACUAUAGUCGUUACGGAAUUUGCAAAUUUGGACCAGCUUGUAGAUUUGACCACCCAGAAAACUCACUUCCCUUGAUUCCUGGACUCGGCCAACAAUCCUACACAAACUCAGCUAGUGUUCAGGUGACUGGGAUGGGUGGAAGUACCGGUGCAAAUGAUGUGACAAUUCAGCAGUCUGUGUAAACGUCUCUGUCAAGGUUCUAUCUUUUUGGUUACACAUCACACCCAGAACCUGUAGUUUUCUUCCUAAAACAUGAUAGAUUUAUUUAACUUUUAUGGCUCUGUCCAAUGCAAUACAAGUGUUGCAGAGAUAGCAAUAUAUCUAUAUAUGUCUGAAUAGAUUUUUUUCUAUGUAUUUAUUACAAGUUACAUCUGCAGAUUAUCUCUUGUUUCUGGUUUGUUUUUUCUCCUUUGGGAUUAAAGGUAGACUGGUUUGGAUGGUUGUGAAUGUGAAUUUUCUUGUUUA